ACAGGAAAGGGUGACAUCAUUAAAACUCUCUCUCUCAUUUAUCCAUUACACAAUUAAUCUCACGUUGCUUUCAAUAAACAAUUACACCAAAUGAUAGAGAUAAACUUUUUUAAACAUUUUAGCGUCGCGAUGAUAAAAGGACCCCUAAGAACAAAGACAGUGAUCGGGGGAGAGGCCCGUCACAGUUUCGCAGGGCUGAAAGGGGCAACAAGGAUUUUAAUGAAUCUCAAUGAGGCUCUUGCGCUCUUUGUUUGUGCUGGGAUUUAGCCGUUGAGGGUGACAGAAUUCAAAAUUACUUUAGCGCUGAUGUGCUGGCUGCAACGGGCCAUAACGGGGUGCAUUUUAGAGAGCGAACACUUCGCUCAUCGUAACAGGCGCGAGAUAAUGUCAUUCAUGAGCAUUCAUCAUACCCUCCACUAAGCUAUUCACGGCGAAUCAUUAUUAGAGCGAACCUUUGUUCAGCGCGAAAGUAAGUGUAUAUACUCUCCAGAAAGUAACAAACGUUGUAGUACGCAUAUAUUACUCUCGUUUCUGUUUGGUAAUCACAUAUUGAAAUCGCACACUUCUAGACAUAUUAAAAGAUAAAUUGACUCGGCAAAUGGAUCUCAGAAAUUUAUAUACAUAUAAUAGCUUGUGUUUCUCAGAAGAUAGAAUUAAUUAGUAAUAUAAAAUUCUUAUUUGUCAAUUUCUUCCAUUAACAAUCUUAUUUACAUAUAAUGGUCGUUUAUUUAUAUUAGUUACAAGUAUCCAUGAAUCUCGCGAUAUUGAUCUCAGGAAGCAAUUAAAAUCACUGGUCCGAAUCCUUCGAGAAAGGUAUUACUUGCUUCUUCGAGACCAUCUUUGUUACGCUUUACGAGUCGGAGGCCAUUCCAAUUUUCUACAAUAAUGAUUGUCAUCACUAUAUAUACAUCCGCUUUGAGUAUUUAUCCCUUCCUUGAAACAACUUGUACAGUGACAGAAGUAUUUUAUGGAAAAUCAGUGUCGCCUGUGUAUUGGCGAAAGAACGAUGAAAAUGCAAACGAGAAUAAUUCUCGCCGGGUGUUUUGCGAUCAUAAUGUUUAACAAUUUUGGUACAGGUGUCGAAGUUUCGUCAAAGAUCGAUUUCGAUUCUAAUGAAAAUAAAGAGACAUUAGCCAACCCCACCUUGAGCACGACUAUAAAUCCAAGAAAAUCUAUUAGUCCACCGGAAUCAAUUUUGCGUGCACCUAAAUCAUCGACAUUCAUCUGGGAUCAUGGAAGCGAGCUCGUAAAAGCAAGUGAACCGAGAAAAAGAAGGAUCUAUCCAUCGUGCGAUGAUUCGGCAAAACAACAAAAAAUAAUCAAUAAUAUUGAAGUCGUUGUGAACAGUAACGAUAGCAUACCAAACGGAGAUUCUUGCGAACAUGGUAUAUGUAAUGUAUCCGUUUCUUCGAAAUCGGAUGAAAAUGGAAAUAUCAUCACCGAGGUGCAUCUCAGCAUUAUCACGAAAGCAAAACCGAACAUUAAGAUCGAUGAUGUCCCGGUAAUCAAUGGUUUUCGAGGUAUUAAUGAGGAUAAGCAACCUGUUUUUCAUUCAAUAAAUUCGCCACGUUCAAUGCAUAUGCAUUUUCAUCGCAACAAUAUUCCACAGAUUCAAACUACUUAUCAAGGAUAUGGUGAGCCUUGGUAUGGACGGACAUUUCGACGACCACAAAUAUAUUGGAAUUAUCAUUUUGGAGAUCACGGUAACGUGGGAUUUCGGGAUCGUAAAACAUGGCCGCGAGAUAAACCUAUAGUCGAUGAUAAAAUUGAACCACCGCUUAGUAAGACCAAACCCAGCGACGAUACAACAUUAUAAAAUUAUUUAUUAAAUUGUAAAGUUUUUGUGAUGUAAAUAUUGCUAUACAAAAUAAUAUUGGAUCGUGUUAUUAAGAACAAUUUAAUUGUCACGUAGUAAAAUUAAAAAAUCAUUGUAAAAGCGUCAAGAGUUUAAUUUAUGCAUUACAUAAUAGAUACAACAAUAUGAAUAUAUUAAAGCAAGUAAUUAAAUGCAGAAUAGUCGUCAAGAGAGUGUUAUAUGCAUUCGAUAUUACUCAAAUAGAAUAUAACACUAACGCAAGAAAGCUUAUUGAGAUUUUUAAAUAUG